AGGAAGGUGAAAGAUGACCAGAGCAGCCGCGUCCUUCGUCCUGGUCUUGGUGGCCUUGUCCUGCACCUUCGCUAAACAUGUCCCCAAAUAUGGCCAGAGGAUCCCUGAGACGCUGUCCAGAGGUUGGGGUGACCAGCUGAUCUGGGUUCAGACGUACGAGGAGGCUCUGUACCGGUCCAGGUCCAGGAACAAGCCUCUGAUGGUCCUGUUCCACCGGGAGGACUGUGCUCAAUGCCAGGCGCUCAAGCAGGCCUUCGCCAAAAAUAAGGAGAUUCAGAUGAUCCUGGACAAGGACUUCGUGGUCCUCAAUCUGAUGUAUGAAAUCACAGAUGACAACCUCUCCCCUGAUGGACAGUACGUCCCCAGGAUCAUCUUUGUGGACCCCUCCACGACGGUGAGAGGCGACAUCAUUGGUCCCUACUCCGACCGCAUGUACACCUAUGAACCAACUGAUAUAGACGAAUUGCUGAAAAACAUGAAGAAGGCCAAGAAUCUCCUUGAGUUUGAGAUAUGA